AAGGAAAUAUUUGUAUUAAUUAUAUAACUGCGUUUAGCUUAUGUAUUGUAUGUGGGAGAGGUUGAAACACAGGAACUAAAGUUAUUAUACUGGAGGUGUCAGGUAGAUAUGGUGGCAGCAAGCAGCAUGUCACUAGUAAACACAGUGUUGCACACUGCAGGAAACAUUACCAUCACUACUAUACUCGUCUCUGCAACCUACAUACACCCCUGCCUCUCCAUCUCACACAGUCAAGUGGUGAUUGUCAGACCUCGGGAAGCAGUGGCACACUUCCUGUUAUACCUGCUACUGAUGAAAUCUCUGGAACAUGACAUCGUGGAGGAAAUUCUCAAGCUGGAGGAAGAGAUGCAGGUCGGUGGAAGCAGCCAGCGCAGAGCCACCACCAUACCAGCAGUGUCUCUGGCACUGCUGGCUCAACCUGACGUGGCACUACCAAGUUGUCUUUAUGGUACCAGUGCUGACUUACAUACAGCAUCCACUUCUUAUGCACAUGUACCUGAAGUGACGAGUGAGGCGUCUGCUAGUAGUUCUACGGCUACGGUCUGCAUGAAGAACAAACGACGGAAAGAAAAUCGCAACAUGUUUGAGCGAAAGAGAAGAACCAACAUCAACGAAAGAAUCAAAGAGCUUGCUUCUCUGCUGCCCAGGAGGAACGAACCAUAUUUUGAGGUUGUCCGUGAUCUUCGACACAGCACUGGGCAAAUAUUGAAAGCUUCUGUCAACUACAUACGCAGGCUUAAAGUGGAUGUAGAGCACAGCAAGAAGAUAGAAGCACAACGACUCUCUUUGGAACAAGAGAACCAGCGACUUCUUGCACGAAUUAAGGUGCUGGAAGCAAAGCUGCAGCUCCUCAGUGUUACAACGCAGGACGUCACCUCUCACCCAGGUCCUGCCACAACACCUGAGAGCAAACACGAUAGAAGGUGCUAAACAUCUGAAGGAUAGUCAGUAAAUAAACAGAGCUUCGAUUGCACAGUUGGUAGUGUUACAAACAGCUCCAGUCUGGCUACGUAGGCCUAGCAGUUUGAAGUACAUCAGGUAGCAAAACAUGACAUGCUAUCUCCGACCAAGUACUUCAGUCUCAGUGUAGUGGUGGACGUCUCACUUCGUGGGUCCUGUGACACGGUUCUCUAUUGAUGGUUGAAACGUGUAAGACAUCGUUGAUGAGUUUUCAAGCACGAAGAGACGAACUUGGGCGAUACACCGAUACUCUACCAUUACAGCGUCAAAUCUCUGGUAGUAACAUUAUAACAGCUGAACCAUCUAACAGGUCCUUUUUAUGGGCUUUUAGGCCAUAAAACAACUCAUCUACUACAUGCCUACCAGAUUUCACCCAAGUGAAGAGCGAGGCUUUUACAAGUAGUCCUCUGGUGGAGGACUGUAUGAGGAAAAAACGAAGAAAAAACUACAAUAAUUUCAAUGAAGUUGCAACAUCGACUACACAAUUUGGGAGCUUGUCAUCUUGCUGCGCAGAACUAAGGAAUCGUAUUAUGAGGAGGAACGUGGUCUGCGAUGUGAUACCGGGCACGUUCUGAAGGCCUCGAUGAAAUAUAUGCAGAGGCUUAAGAUGGAGAAGAACACAACAGGAGAGUGGAAGAAGAACAUCGCGUUUUUGGACAUGUGAACGAAACUGCUAAUGAAAAUUGAGGCAUUGGAGGCAAGCUACGAAGCCUUGAUAAUCUGAAGAUAAAAAAAAAGACAAUUCUUUGCCUACAAUAGUCACAACUGAUCCACAAAUUGGAAAUGAAAAUGAACCAGGACGGACUGGAACGUCGUCUAGGUUUUCAUUUCCAAUUUAUGAGUUAGUUGUAAACUGGUAUAAUGUUGGGAGAAAUCAGCUACCACAACAGUUUGUGCUAUAGUUUCUCGGGCCAGAUAUUUUUAGUAAAUGGUAAUUUGUAUGCUAUUAUGCCAGUGCCGUCAUCAACACUACUCUUGUGUAUAUUGCAUAUCAGUUUACAAUAAUAAAACCUAUGAGAGUAGGAAGUAAUAGACAACUGGCAAAGUUGAUGAGCAUGAGU